CCGAUCGCCAGCGCUGCGCCCUCCGCCGCGCCCGCACCUGUGCGCUCCGUGCGGACCGCGCUGACCCCGCAGCCUGCCCUCCCACACCUGCACCCCUGACCUCGCCACUCGCCCUGCCUCCCCCACCCCUCACUCUUGCACAAACGCACCUCCACGGUUCCGGGGGCGGUGGCCCGGGAGCAUCCCGACCCGACAGAGCGCGCUACUCCUCGCGGCGACCACCCCAGAAGUCUUCAUGAAGUAGCCAGCUGCAGAAGAAUCCAGACCCUUAGAUAAAAAUGGCUUUCCACGUGGAGGGAUUGAUAGCUAUCAUCGUGUUCUACCUGCUGAUCCUGCUGGUUGGAAUAUGGGCCGCGUGGAGAACCAAGAACAGCGGCAGCGCCGAGGAGCGCAGUGAAGCCAUCAUUGUCGGUGGCCGAGACAUUGGCUUGUUGGUUGGCGGAUUCACCAUGACAGCCACCUGGGUAGGCGGAGGGUACAUCAAUGGGACAGCGGAAGCAGUUUAUGUUCCAGAUUAUGGUCUAGCCUGGGCUCAGGCACCAAUUGGAUAUUCUCUUAGUCUGAUUCUAGGUGGUCUGUUCUUUGCAAAACCUAUGCGUUCUAAAGGAUACGUGACCAUGUUGGACCCAUUUCAGCAGAUCUAUGGAAAACGCAUGGGUGGACUCCUGUUUAUCCCUGCGCUGAUGGGGGAAAUGUUCUGGGCUGCCGCAAUUUUCUCGGCUUUAGGAGCCACCAUCAGCGUGAUCAUUGACGUGGACGUGCACGCGUCUGUCAUCGUCUCGGCGCUCAUCGCCACCCUCUACACCCUGGUGGGCGGCCUGUAUUCUGUAGCCUACACAGAUGUCGUCCAACUCUUCUGCAUUUUUGUUGGACUGUGGAUCAGUGUCCCCUUUGCACUGUCACAUCCUGCAGUCUCUGACAUCGGGUUUACAGCUGUGCAUACCAAAUACCAGGCACCUUGGCUGGGAACCAUUGAACCAUUCGAAGUCUACAGUUGGCUCGAUAGUUUUCUGUUGUUGAUGCUAGGCGGUAUCCCCUGGCAGGCCUACUUCCAGAGGGUCCUCUCGUCCUCCUCAGCCACUUAUGCCCAAGUGCUGUCCUUCCUGGCAGCCUUCGGGUGUCUGGUGAUGGCUCUUCCAGCUGUGCUCAUUGGAGCCAUUGGAGCAUCCACAGACUGGAACCAGACUGCAUAUGGGUUUCCAGAUCCCCAAAGUAAAAAUGAAGCUGACAUGAUUUUACCCAUCGUUCUGCAGUACCUCUGCCCUGUGUACAUUUCUUUCUUUGGUCUUGGGGCAGUUUCUGCGGCUGUUAUGUCCUCAGCAGAUUCUUCCAUCUUGUCAGCAAGUUCAAUGUUUGCUCGGAACAUCUACCAGCUUUCCUUCAGACAAAAUGCAUCAGACAAGGAAAUCGUCUGGGUCAUGCGCAUCACAGUGUUUGUAUUUGGAGCAUCUGCAACAGCCAUGGCCUUGCUGACAAAGACAGUGUAUGGGCUGUGGUACCUCAGCUCCGACCUGGUUUACAUCAUCAUCUUCCCACAGCUUCUCUGUGUGCUGUUCAUCAAGGGCACCAACACCUACGGGGCCGUGGCAGGUUACGUUUCUGGCCUCUUCCUACGAGUAACUGGAGGGGAGCCCUACCUGUAUCUGCAGCCCCUGAUCCUCUACCCUGGCUACUAUGCGGAUAAGAAUGGCAUCUAUAAUCAGCGGUUCCCGUUUAAGACACUCGCCAUGGUGUCCUCAUUCCUGGCCAACAUUGGCAUCUCUUAUCUAGCCAAAUACCUGUUUGAAAGUGGAACCUUGCCACCAAAGUUGGAUCUGUUUGAUGCCGUGGUUGCCAGGCACAGUGAAGAAAACAUGGAUAAGACAAUUCUGGUCAAAAAUGAAAAUAUUAAAUUAAAUGAACUUGCACCUGUGAAGCCUCGACAGAGCCUCACGCUGAGCUCAACCUUCACCAAUAAAGAGGCCUUGCUUGAUGUGGACUCCAGUCCAGAAGGGUCUGGAACUGAGGAUAAUUUGCAAUGACCCAAUCUCAAUACACGACUGCUUUCUCAAACAGAGCACUGUGGUAGGGUAGUCCUGGAAGGAGGGUUUGCAGCAUAUAAAAAUAUAUUAAAAAUAUAAACCCCAUUCAGGAGGACAAAAUUCCUCCAGAAAAUAAAAAUAAGUCCUAAGGGAGGAGUUCAAGAAAAAUAAAGUGCACUUGUACAAGUACAUGCCAAGCUAAAAGGAAGCACCUGUGAGAGCAGCGACUUUCUUUCUCGUUCAUAGUAGUUUUAGUGUUGAUGCUAAGUAGUUUUGUUAGGUGUACAAAAAUGAAUAAAGUCCCAUUCAAAGAUCAUAGGGCCAACCAAAAUAUUCAUUUUAUUGUGAAAAAGGGAAGUAGGUAUAAAAGAACCUGCGAAAAAGGAAAUUGGAUCGUCUUGAUCCGAACCUUGUUUGCUAAUGCGUUGCUGAGGGCAGUUUAAUACCACGCUGAGGCGAUGAGAGUCCCACAGUCACAUGGUGCAGUGAAUCAGCUAGCUUGUUUUCCUUGAUGUGUGAUUACCCACCCGUUUCAUGCUGUGGACAAUGACAUUUGCUGUUGUUCCUUUAGUGAUGGUGUGUUUUAUUCUGAGCACAGGUGGAGCAGACACGCAGAUGCCAUGUGCACUGGCACUUCUUCAUGUGCAAGCUGAUAGGAGGCUGGGUCUGUCUCUGCAGGGGCCCGGGGCUCCUCUGAGCGUGCCAUAACUAUCAUAUGUGUAGAGAAGAGGAUUGAGCUUAGGAAGAUUAUCAGGCAACCUUGCAGCAACCUAUCAAGAAGCACAUCAAGCAGAAAGUGAUAGGAUGACCAGAAGCUUUUUAUCUUCAUCUGAAGUAAGUUUUUCCCCAUGAUAAAAGAAGGAAUGUUUUGGCUUACUGUGUCCAAACAAGUAUUGAAAAUUAAAUUGAGUUAUAUGUAAGAAGAGAUGGCUGUAUGGCACCAUUGUUGUUGAUGGCAAACUGAAAAAUUAAUGUGUAUUUCCUUGCAUAGAAUUACUGGCAAUUCCCAAAGCACCUUGCAAGAGCAGUAAAACCAGAAAACAAACCUCACUCAUUUUUGGCUAUUCAUUAAUGGGGAUGAUUUAGUGUUCAGGGAGUAUUCUGUGCCACUUUUGCACACAAGCUAGUUUACAGGGAUGGGACAAGUAACCGUGUACAAACAUUGUAGAAUGAAUUUUAGAAUGUGGAAGAAAGCAGAAAGUAAAGUAAGUCCCUAAAGGGAAGAAGCCAUCAAUUUUAACAUUUGAUGUCUGUAUAACUUUCAUGAGGUCAGUCAUUAAAUAUUAUUUUGCUCCUUUUCUGGAGUUUGAAAAAAUAUGUAUAUGUAAAUAUAUAUAUAUAUGUAUAUGUAAUGGUUUGUGUCCAUUAUAGAAUUUUCAAAUGCUUUUCCACCAGCCACACAUUAUAGAAGUAUCUGGAGAUGUGUUUACAAAAACAGAGUGAACUGAUGAGUGGAAAAAUUAUCUGGGAAUUUGAUCCAAUAAAGGAAGCCAAUUUGAAUUGUAGAAACCAAAACAUGUUUUCUAAAAAUAUUCCUCCCUUUUUUCUGAGGCACAAACAAAAUUGCAUUAACUCAGUGUCCAGCAUUAAGUAUAAAAUUGUGUCCUUGACCCCAAAAGUGCUUCUUAUAUGUUUUGAGUAUAAUUGUCUCAAAGCAUCAAAUCUAUGAAUUAAGUCCCCAGAGUAAUUUUUCAAAUAUCAAAUUCAGUAAGUUAUACAUUGUAAUGUCUCAUAUUUUCAAUGCUUUAUCAAAGUUUAAUAGUGAAUAUGACAUUGCAAUUAAAAGGAUUACUGAAGAUCCUGUACACUUCAGAAAGAAGAGAAUUCCUUUAUUCAUUUGUUUGCUUAGAACCUACUCAGUACCCAUAGAGUCAUUGGAAAGAUAUUUUUGGAAUUAGUGAGUAUGGGAAUCCAAGAUUCUCAGACUGCAAAAGAAUCAGGAACAGGAAAUAUAUUAAAAAAAAAAAAAAACACACAGAGAUUAAGACACGUGCUAUGGACAGGUAGUGAACUGGUAGGGACUCCACUUCCUGGCAAACAAGACGUUUUAGAUACAACAUGCUUUCCAGUAUACCAGCCAAGUAAUGAGUUCUGUCCUCUCCAACCCAUGACUUCUGGUCUCAACAUUUCAGAUAUGUCAUGGACACGUCCCCCAUACUAUAAUGGUACUCAACACAGAAGCACAGAUGUUAUAUUUUACAAUUUCCUUGAGCAAUAAUUGUGUCAAAACAACCAUAUUUAAAUCCAACAAAAAACAGCAAAUAUUAACAAUAAAAAAUGAAUAAAAAUUAAUUUAACAAUCAGAAGAUACGAGGAAGAAAUUUUCUCUAAAAUAUUAAAACUAGAGAGUUUAAAUCAUUUAAGAUUAAAAUAAUGUUAUGUGUUUAUUUAACCCAUUAUUUCUCACCUUCUGUCAAACAAAACAUCAAAAAAUUAGCUUCUUACUUAAUCUAAAAAUAAAUGUGCUAUAUUUUAGCAAGAUGGUUUUUAAAGUACAAUAUAAGUUAAAGACCAAAAGGAAUGAAAGUCACAAGAUAUUUAUUUAUUUAUUUGUGCACACUCAAAUGAAUUCCCCCCUCCCAAUUUGUAAGGAAGGCACAAAUCUGUUACCUGUAGAUGAAGUUCCAUUCCUAUUGCCAGCUGUUUUGACAUCAUGGAUAAGGCAGACAGCUUUGUAUUUGUCCAGCCUCACUCAUGGACCUGAAGUUUUCAGAACUCGCCCUUAAAGUAACUAAAACAUUUUCAACACUGGCCAUAUUAACCUCCAGAGGCAAUACCUGUGGAUAAAGCAUUAGAAUAAAACAAAUAUUUUAUUUUCAUAUUUCUACAGUGAUUGCAACACAUUUUUGGGGUAACUUUAGUUUUUUUCAUUCAUAUAAUUCAAAGCAUCACACUUAGAGCUGGACUGUCAACAAAAAACUUUCAAGCACUUGGAGUCAAAAUCCAAUUCCAUUGCUACACUUACAAUUAAUGAAUUUUGUGACUUCCAAAUGAGUAUAAGAUUGAAAUAAGCAAACCUAAUAUACUGGCUUUUGGCUUUUAUUUGAAACUAAUGAAUGAGUAUUAUAUUUUAGGUCUAAGUUAUGAUUUUUCUUUUUUAUUUUUUUGCCUUUAGCCUUCGAGAAAAUUUACUGAAGUAUAGUGUGUAAUUUAUUGUAAGUUUGCUACUGAUAUAAUGCUUCUAAAACAUAUAUUUUUGUCUGUCAAAACUUAUAUAAAAUUAUGCUUAAAAUAAGUAGAUUUGCAUCUAUGUAUGUAAAUGUUUUAAAUGUACUUGUAUUGUAUUGCAUUGUACUGUAUUAAAUUGUGCUGCUACAAUUCAGGAUAUUGUUCAGGUUUAACUUUU